AUGGGCGAGUGUGGGUCGCUCUCUAUUUUCUAUGAGGAGAGAAAAGUCUUGACGACUAGGGUUUCUUCCUUGUUUCCCAAGGGAAAAGUCUUGGUCCUCUAUGUUUUCCUGAAACUGUUUUGCGCUCCGUCGUUUCCAGAUCAGACACCUUCUGCCUUUUGGUUUUGGUCUUGCUUGUAUGGGGGAGAGGGGAACCCUUCUUUCACUAAGGAGCCGACCAAUGACGAGAUUGGGACUUCGCUUGAACAACAACUUGUGCUUACAGAUCGGGAGAAGGUGGGGGUGGUGAUAGGGGCUUUUGCAAUAUCCGAUCAUUUUGUGGGUUUUAUUUAUGGCCUUAUUGCAAAAGUGCUAAUGCCACAUGAGGUCAAUCGUGAUGCUUUUAUCAAGAAUUUCUCCAGCCUAUGGAAAGGUAAUGAGGAUGUAUCGAUUAAGGAAAUUGCACAUAAUCGAUUUUGGGUUUGGUUUUAUGUGACUGUGAUCGCCGUUGAGUUAUUGACAUGGAACCAUGGGCCUAUUGAAGAUCCCUGGUCCUGCUGGCGGAGAAGCUAG